UUUUUUGGUAAAAGAAUUUGUUUUUGCAAAGCUAGCUCCUACGCUGCCGCCGCCAUGCACCGCUUCGCCGCCGACAGGGCGCGCCGCGCGGUGGCCGCGUCCCUGCGCGGCGCAGCUUCCAGAGCAGCAGCAGCGCCGUCGCGUCACGCUCCGGCGCCUCGCCAUCCAACCUCCCCAGUCGGGGCGGCGGCGCCGGUUGCUGCCGCCGCCAUGGCGAGGGCCGCCAUGUCCACGGCGGUCGCGGGCGUGCCACCACCGGUGUCGCUCGACACCAUCAGCCCCAAGGUGCCGCCAGUGUCGCUCGACACCAUCAACCCCAAGGUCUUGAAGUGUCAAUUUGCAGUCCGGGGAGAGAUUGUCACACGUGCUCAGAAAUUGCAACAAGAACUGCAGAGAAAUCCAGAAUCGCUUCCUUUUGAUGAGAUACUCUACUGUAACAUUGGAAAUCCCCAUUCCAUUGGCCAACAGCCAGUUACCUACUUCAGAGAAGUUCUAUCUUUAUGUGAGAAUCCAGCUCUCCUGGACAAAAGUGAAACGCAUGCUUUAUACAGGUCAGAUGCUAUAGAGAGAGCACGGAAAAUUCUAGACAAGAUACCAGGAAGAGCUACAGGAGCAUAUAGCCACAGUCAGGGUAUAAAAGGUUUACGUGAUGAAAUUGCUGCCGGAAUUGCUGCCCGUGAUGGGUUUCAUGCAAGCGCAGAUAACAUCUUCCUAACGGAUGGAGCAAGCCCAGCGGUACACAUGAUUCUGCAGUUAUUGAUAAGGUCCGAGAAGGAUGGCAUUCUUUGUCCUAUUCCACAGUACCCAUUGUACUCUGCAUCAAUUGCUCUUCAUGGUGGUUCCCUUGUUCCUUAUUUCCUUGAUGAAGAGACAGGGUGGGCACUUGAGGUUGAUGAGCUCAAGAAACAACUUGAGGAGGCUCGAUCUAAGGGCAUCAGUGUCAGGGCGCUUGUUGUCAUAAAUCCAGGAAAUCCAACAGGACAGGUCCUUACCGAGGAAAACCAGAAGAAAAUUGUUGAAUUCUGCAAGAAUGAAAGGCUCGUUCUUCUCGCGGAUGAGGUUUACCAAGAAAACAUAUAUGUCGAAGACAAGCAAUUCCACUCGUUCAAAAAAAUCGCACGGUCGCUGGGAUACACUGAUGACGACCUUCCUUUGGUAUCGUUCCAGUCGAUUUCUAAAGGCUACUAUGGAGAAUGUGGAAAGCGAGGUGGUUACAUGGAGAUAACUGGGUUCAGUCCUCAAGUACGGGACCAAAUCUACAAGAUGGCAUCGAUAAAUCUGUGCUCCAAUAUCACCGGCCAAAUUCUUGCUAGCCUUGUCAUGAACCCACCAAAGGCUGGGGAUGAAUCCUUCGAAUCCUUCAGGUUAGAGAGGGAUGGUAUCCUUUCAUCGUUGGGUCGCCGUGCAAAGGCUUUGGAAGAAGCAUUCAACAGUUUAGAAGGUAUUACAUGCAAUAAAGCCGAAGGCGCGAUGUAUCUGUUCCCACGCCUUCACUUACCCCGGAAGGCGAUUGGAGCUGCCCAAGCAGCCGGCACUGCCCCAGAUGCUUACUACGCUAAACGCCUGCUAGAGGCCACUGGGAUCGUCUUCGUCCCUGGUUCUGGUUUUGGACAGGUCCCCGGAACAUGGCACAUCAGAUCCACGAUACUGCCGCAGGAGGACAAAAUACCUGGGAUAGUAUCUAGGUUCAAGGAGUUUCACGACAAGUUCAUGGAUGAAUUCCGUGAUUAUUGAGUGUCCAUCUCAGUUCAGUCAUUGCAUGAAUUCUGCCAAGAGGGCAUCCUGUCAUUUUGUCGCGAUCGGCACCGUCUGCCCGAGUUCCAGCCACGGUCGGUCGGUCGGUACCGACUAGCUAGCUAGCGGUGGAUCCGUGGAUGACCACCGAUGAACCGUUCGGUAUAGACCAUCUCUGCUGCCACGUGUGUCGUCUUUUCAUUAGUCCACAUUAUUUCGAUGUCCAAAAUAUUUUAAGAACCUAAGGAAAUAUUUAUGAAUCAUGUAACAUUUAUAUUUACAUAUUAUAUUUUUUAUGUUUGUGUCAAUUUUAUUUAUGAUGUACAAACUAUGUAAUUUGUAUUUCUUUUAUGAACUAUAUAAUUUUAUUUGUUCAAUUAUAUAUUUAGAUGGUUUUUUUAUUUCGAU